AUGGGCUGUGGGGUGAAAGCUGUGCUGGCCAUCUGUGUGACCUUAGGCAGUAACUCCAUAUUUCUGGGUCUCAGCAUCCACAUCUGUGUGGUGAAGUCUAGGCUGGGGACUGGCUGGUCUCCAGGGUCCUCCAAGAUCCAACAUUGUAUUCUUCACUUCCCUGGCUGUUGUUACUACUUUAAGGACAGUCUCUUGUUUAUAUGGCGGCAUCACUGUCCACAUCUUGCUACUAAGAUUUAUGAUAAAACAGAGCAACCAUACUUUCUCUCUGAAUACACGGAGAACUACCCUACCUAUAACUCUUACCUGCCCAGAGAUUCCUUCAAGCCCAAAGGGGAGUACAAGAAAGGACCCAUACCAAUGGAAGGCAUGACUACAUCCAGGAGAGAUUUUGGGCUUCACAAAGUAGUGCCAGUGAAACUCCAUCAGCCCGAUCCCUUUGUUCCAAGCGAAGGAAAUAUGGACAUGCUCACGACGUAUAAACAGGACUUCAACUCCUACACUGUAUCCAGGGUGGAUGCCAUCAAACCUCGGGACAGUAAAUAUCCAUGUGCUGAAAAAAUGGAGUCUCUGCCUACUUAUAAAGCUGAUUAUUUAUCUUGGAACCAACCAAAACGAGAGCUACUUCGUCCACCACACAGCUACCGGCCAGCGUCCACCAAGUUUGAUAAUAGAACCACUCACCAAGAUGACUACCCCACCAAGGGCUUUGUGAGUACCAAGAGCUGUAAACCUCCCCCUAUACCAAAUCUCUGUAACAUCCCAUUGGAGGAUCUGACUAACUACAAGAUGAACUAUGUGCCCCACCCUAUGGAGAAGCGCUUUGUUUAUGAGCCUAAAAGGUUUAAACCCUGCGACAUCCCCUUUGAGAGCCUCACUACCCACAAAGAGUAUUUCCGGGGCCUGGUAGGGAAGCCUGCCAAGAGCCUGAAACCACCAGGCAGGACCGCUGGACCAGACACACCUUUUGCUAACACCACUGAAUUCCAAGACAAGUACCAAGCUUGGCCAACGCCUCAAGUAUUCUCCAGAUCUCCCGCCAACUAUGUCCCUCCUGAAGAGAAGAUGGAUUUUCUGACAACUGUGCAAGCCCAUUACACAUACCCUAAGGGUGCCCCUGCCCAGCCCUGCCGACCAGCAGCCCCGAUUAAGAAGAGCUGCCGCUUCGAGGGCUCCACCACCACUAAGGAUGACUACAAGCAGUGGACCAAUGUUCGGGCAGAGUCAAUCAGGCCCACUCACCAUCUGGCCCUUCCUGCUGAACCUUUGGACUGCCUGACCACCACACGGGCCCACUAUGUACCUCACCCACCUACGAAUACCAAAAGCUUUAAGCCCGCCUCGUCUGGACCUCAAGUAAAUAUCCCUGUGGAGGGCCAGACCACCUACUCUAUCAACUUUACUCCCAAGGAAAUGGGCAGGUGCCUGGCUUCCUACCCUAACCCCCCUGGCUAUGUCUUUGAGGAAGUGGAUGCUGCGGGGCACAAGAUAUAUAGACCGUCUUCCGUAACAGGAUCUCCAAGGAACAGCCAGCUCUCCAUGAGUGAGAUGGAAAAACCUAAGGAGAGAGAGUUGGCAGUGUCAGCCUGA